GGAGACCAGUCCUGGCAGGUGUACUGCACCCACGCCCCGCGCCACUUAAACCCGCGACCCGAACCACAAGAGACUGGAUGUAGUUAGUGUACACCUAUCGUUUGAAAUGUCGAUCAUCUAUGUGUCUGCGCAACAGCUCACUAAAUGCCCAACACGUCACAUUCUUUCUCCUAAAGAUGGGCACAAAAUGGACUAUCGAUCUUAAAUGAGCGUUAAAUCCUCAUUUAGGCGACUGUGUGCGUUUGUUACCUUUUCUGCUGGCUACAUGGACUUUGGCGUCACCGUUUAUUGACGUGCUUUCCCCCGUCAAAUUCACUCGUAAAUCAGCGAAAGUCCACUUUUGUGGCCAAAAGAUGAUCAACUCUUGCCUCCUCCUCCUCCUCGUAGGAAACGUGCUACGUCGCAGAACGUCUUCUUGUUUGAGUGUUUGAUUGCAACGGCCUUUUUUUAGGGAGGGGGCGCCACCUGUCGUCUUGGAGUAUUCAUGGCGCAGCGAUAUUUCAAACACGAUCGAUUCGUGAUUGAUUAACCGAGCAAACGUUUUCAAAUACUCCAAAGUAUACGGAAGUAAUGGAAACACCGCCUCAAAACGCUUUGGGAUUCACGAAGACGCUAAAGUGGUACUUUGUGACGUCAUAACAACGCGCCGGUAAGCUGUUACUGGGUUCGCUUUGCCGAGCGAGCGGAAGGAGCACCAACAACAAAGUCAACAUUUGUCUCACCGCGGCUGAAACACUCAGACAUUUGCUGUCAAAGUCAACGCCGAGUGCUUGUCUCACAGUAAUCACACAGCGGUGUCCACCUCCGCCGCCAUGACCGACCACAAGCGUCUCGCCUUCUCCAUCAUCCGCUUCCUCCACCAGCAGCUCCAGUCCGGGAAUCUGUCGUCGGGAGCGCAGGAGAGCCUGGAAGUGGCGGUCCAAUGUCUGGAGACGGCCUUCGAAGUGUCCACGGACGACCAGAGCCUCGCCGUCCCGCUGACGUUACCAGAGAUCUUCGCUUCUGCCGCCGCCGACGACAAGUCGCAGGUGAACAACGACGCCACGAAGAACGGCGUCAGCGAGGAGCAGAGAGCCGAGGCCGAGAGACUCAAGACGGACGGUAACGAUCACAUGAAGGUGGAGAACUACGCCGCCGCCGUGGAGUUUUAUUCCAAAGCCAUCGGCAUCAACCCGCAGAACGCCGUCUACUACUGCAACAGGGCGGCGGCGCUGAGCAAGCUGGGUAAUUACGCGGGGGCGGUGCAGGACUGCGAGCGGGCCAUCGGCAUCGACCCCAACUACAGUAAAGCUUACGGCAGGAUGGGGCUGGCGUUGGCGAGUCUCAACAAGUACACUGAGGCGGUGACAUUCUACAAGAAAGCUCUGGAACUUGACCCAGACAACGACACCUACAAGGCCAACCUGAAGGUCGCCGAGGACAAGAUGGACGCCACCAGCCCCACGGCGGGAAUGGGCGGCGUGGACCUGGCUGGACUGCUCAGUAAUCCUGGUUUCAUGAACAUGGCCUCGUCACUGAUGACAAACCCUCAGGUCCAGCAAAUGAUGUCAGGAAUGAUGUCGGGAGCGUAUGGCGAGAUGGCCGGCACAGGCGCUGGUGGAGGAGCGGGAGGAGGUGGAGUCCCAGGAGCUGCGCAGGGCGGAGAUUUAUCAGGACUCAUCCAAGCAGGUCAGCAGUUUGCUCAGCAGAUGCAACAGCAAAAUCCAGAACUCAUCGAGCAGCUGAGGAGUCAAAUACGCAAUCGCACGCCGAGCGCCGGAAAUGAGGAGCAGCCGUGACGCCCUUGUCUGGCAGCACACAUUUGAGCGGAGGAGCCAGCCAGAGACUUUUUCUUUGACCUCGGGACGAUUGUUGUGGCUGGAAGGACCGGAAGGAAGUUUAAUUGGUCACCCAGCAAUUCCCGCACGAGAGGAGCCUCCACGCCGCCGCCGGUCACGCCCCUUGACGAACGACACCCCGGCCCCACCCGCACCCGCGCCCCCCGACCGCCGUGCGCUUUUCGGCGUCCUCCCAAAAUGACGCCGCGGAUGCGCGCCGAGGCGAACGAUUGAGGCUCCGAUGUGUUUUGAACAAUUAAAAGAUUUUGUCUCUGCU